CUGAUAUAGAGUUGAGUUUUGCAGUGAUAUUGGAGUAGGAUUUGAAUUACAUAAUCUUCUGCUUUGGAGGUUGUUUGAAGAAGUAACAGAAUCCUGGGCUGAGUAAAGACAGGCGUGGAGUACAAAAGAGAGAGAAUUCUUGCCAGAUCUUUACAGAUCACUGUUAAAUAUGUGUCCCCUGAACCUGACUUUUAGUGCCUGUGGAUUUUUGGGGAUUUACCACUUGGGGGCAGCAGUUGCUCUUCACAAACAUGGGAACAAGUUACUCAGUAAAAUACAGAACUACGCUGGAGCCUCUGGUGGAGCUUUAGUUGCGGCUGUUCUGCUUUCACAACCCGAAAAACUGGAGCAAUGCAAGGAAUUUACUUAUGCAUUUGCAGCUGAUGUUCGGAAACAGAAACUUGGAGCCUUAACACCAGGUUAUGACUUCAUGAAACAGUUGAGGGAAGGGAUGGAGACUAUUCUUUCUGCUGAUGCCCAUAAGAAAGCUCACGAACGACUCCACGUGUCAAUCACAAAUGUUAAGACGCUGAAAAAUUGUUUGAUCUCCUCGUUUCUGACCAGGGAGGACCUCAUAACGCAGGUUCUUCUUGCCAGUAGCUUUGUGCCAUUCUAUGCUGGGAUUAAGGCUGUGGAGUAUAGAGGGGAAACGUGGAUUGAUGGUGGAUUAACAAAUAGACUUCCGAUCUUACCCACUGGACAGACCAUGACUGUUUCACCUUUCAGUGGGAAAUUGGAUAUUUGCCCUCAAGACAAGUCCCAAAGCAAUCUGUAUGUCACGAUUGCUAAGCAGGAGUUUAUACUGUCCAUUGCGAAUUUUGUGAGACUCAGUCAGGCACUGUUUCCACCAGGCCAAGCUACGAUGGAAUCUCUGUACCACAAAGGAUUCAGCGACGCUUUGAGGUUUCUACAGAGUAAAAACAAUUUUCAGCCAUUGUCUUGAUGUUACCUGUCUGAUUACUGUGUGGUAAAUUGAUAAAAGUAGGAUAUUAAGACUGAA